UUGUUCAAACAUUAACUCUCCCUCUAGUGCCAAAUAUAGGAAUUAUAACUAGAACGCAUUCACCAUAUUGCGUAACAUAUUUCGUCUAAUUAUUGUUGAAAUUAUUUGAUUAAUCAAUUUCUACCUUAUUAUAACAAUAUGAGUGAAGAUGUGAAAACUCUUUGGUGCGGAAAUUUAAGCGAUAAAGUAACGGAAGAAAUUCUAUACGAAUUAUUUUUACAGGCUGGCCCUGUACAAAACGUCACUAUUCCCAAGGAUCGUAAUGGUAAACAAAGACCAUUUGGUUUUGUAACAUAUAAACACAUUAAUUCUGUGUUAUAUGCUUUAGAACUAUUCAAUGGUACAUCUCUAUUUAAUCGCAUUCUGAAUAUAAGCCAUCGGAAAAAUGUAGAAUUACCACAAACAAACUACUCGCAGGAUAGUUUUAUAAAUUUCAAUAAUUGGCUUCAGUUAGGCCAGGAAAUGAUCUUAGGAAAUGAUAUGUCCCAUUUAAAAGAAGAUUCAUUUGGAACAAAUAUGAUAUUAAACUCAGAUUUACAGAUGAAAGAGACAAACAAUUGUUCUCAUAAGAAUGAUAGAAGAUCUCAACGGACACAUCCUUAUCAUAGAGAUCAACAUAAACAUAGUAGUCAUCAUAUGGACUCUUCUAGAAAUCGUAACAGUCAUAAUAGCAAUCACUAUUCCAAACACAAUUAUAAAAAUAGCAGACGUACUUAUUAAUAUUUCAUAAAACACACAUACAAAUAAAUUUCAUUAUUUACAAAUAAUAACAAAUAUCAUUUUCUUAUAAAAAAAUGGAAAAUUUUUUACAAUCUUAGAUCUAAUUUACUAAAAUAAAAGAUAUAUACUAUACACACUGAUGUUAAAUAUUAGACAACAA